CACCGCGCUCCGGUUUCACAGAGCCUCUGACAGGCGGAGCGGCGCGCUGUUUUUACGCAUAGCCUCCAGCCCUUUGAGGCAUUGUGGACAUUGUUUAGUCGCUGUGUAGUAGACUCCUGAGAAGACACCGGAGCGGCACAGUCUCUAAUAACUGGAUACCUGAGAUUACCUGAGAUUUUCGGAAUGGAGACUCGGACUGUGGCUGCAUAAAGGCGUGACGCGUGGAUUUUUUUGUUUAAGUUAAUAUCUUGACAUGUUUUUCUUCUAAAUUGAACUCCACAUUUAAAUCCGCGUUUCACCGGCUGGCGCGUAAAAGAAGAAGAAAACAAGACUUUGGUUUCGGAAUGAGGGGACCGCGCUGUCUUUCCUCGGACCUUUUUAAACUCUGGCGACAUUGACUUCUCUUUAAAGUGACGCAGGACCCGUUGUGAGAGAUUUCCCAAGUUGUUAUUUACUAAUAACCUGACGAGCUGUUUGGAGGCAAGACUGAACAGGUUACUGGAGGGUGCUGAGACUCUUCAAGAAGCCGUGACAGGACACCGUCCAGAGAAAAAAGGAUUUUUGGCCGCGCAAAAAACGAGGAGGAGGCGCUUCUCGCGUUGAAGCAGAACCGCUUUAGAUGGAUUCUUCAUGUUUGCUUCAGCCUCAGUGGAGUCAGCCUGCUCUGAACACUUACGAGCCGUGACAAUAAGGUGUAAAACAUGACACAUCGCAGCGUAUGGAUAGCCAAAAACAUGAGCUGCUCCCAGCGUGGAAGAAGCGGCUCGCCUGUCCUCUCCGGUGCGUGCUUGGAGCAGAAUGCGCACAGGACAUCUGGUGGGACCGGAUGGAGAGUUCGGCGGAAGGAUAAACGGGAGAUUACCUCAGCAAUGUCAGAAAAGGCCAAGGUGCUGCUGUGGGUCAUCCUCUCUCUGCUGCCUCUGGUGGAAGGAGCUCAUAUGAAAGGCAAUGCUGCUGGGGCUGGAUCAGACUCGGGCCCUGGUGUGGGGCUGCUGGCAGGCCAGGAAGAGCUUCCUGUGAUGCUGCCAGAGGUGGUGGAGGACGAGGAGCAGGACGACCACAGUGACCCUUAUUCUACUUGGCACGCUCUAUAUGACCCCUUUGUGAUAGAUGAGGUGGAUGACCAUCCCAGUAAUCGUUGGGCGGGACGCUCGCCACGCUCCUCUGACCCCUCAGAACCUCCACCUAAGGGAUCACCAAAGAAAAAGAAAAAGAGGAAGAGGAAGAGGAAAGAAAAGAAGCAGCCAAAGCAGAGCAACAAGGACUGCCGGGUGGAGAAGAGAGAGAUUAAGGUUCGGGACCUGGGCCUGGGUUUUGACUCGGAUGAGAUUGUCCUCUUCAAGUUUUGCGUUGGCUCCUGCCAGUCCUCCAGAAAAGACUACGACCUGGCACUGACGGCGCUGCUGGAGAACGGCUCGGUGCCCCGGCGCAAGGUCAGCAACCACCCCUGCUGCCGGCCAGAUGAGUAUGAGUCGGUUUCCUUCAUGGACGCCCAGACCACGUGGAGGACCAUUGAGGCGCUAUCAGCCGCCAGCUGCAUGUGUAUAGGCUGAAGACAUGAAGGAGGGAGGAAGAGGGGUGUCGGCCGUCCUGAACCUAGAGGAGUCAGGUUGAGGCAGGCCCGGUUGCAGAGACGAGUGUCGCUUUUACACACACACACACAGCUCAGAAAUGACGGAGGUCAUUUGUUUUGUAUUUGCUGUUGAGGAGGAAUAGCUUUGGCGGGAAGACUAAAGGUCAGAGACUGACGGAAAUGGCAUCAGGGAAUCACUUUUCGGAUUUAUUGUUGGGUCUUCAAAGAGCAAAUAACUUUUACUGAGUAAAUGGUAAUACUCCAGAUAAUACACAUAAAAGAGACUCUAUAUGUGACAUUUUUAUGGGCAAGACCUGAAGGCUGAAGCUCGAGAGAUAUAAAGAUUAGACACAACUAAAGGACUUGCUCUGUGUUUAUAUUCUGACUAAAAAGGACAGAUUUGAUGCUCCCUAUCACACACAGUUAAGCCAGCUGCUCCCAAAAUCUAUAUCAUUUUCUCCACAUAAAAACAGGGACAUGACAUUGUUUUGUUUCCAUGUUCAGGUGAAAUCAGCCAAAUGGAUGCCAUGCAUCUUCAUGUAUUACUGUAUAAAAGUAACAUAUAUUUAUUUCUGAUAAAUUAUUUAUUUAUUAAAGCUUCAUAUGAGAGCUGUUUUUAUUAACUCUAUAUUGUAGAUAAGUAUAUAUUUAUUGCCAAGAUUCAGAUUUCAUGUUGACAGCUACUUCUACUUCUUGCAUGCAGUAUGUAUUUUUUAUUUCAGGUGUUGUCAUUUAUCCUACGCCUCAUGAACCUAGUAUGGGCAGCUGAUUAAACGCUGCUAUUUAGAAAGUUGGAUAAAACAGAACCAUGAUCCAAAAAUCUCAGAUUGUUUUUUUGCAUUUUUUCCAGACAGUCAAACAAAUCCUAUUAAAUACCAAAUUGACCUACAUUGAAAUAAUGUGGAAUACUUAAUGAAUAUAUUUUUUCAAGAGCACCUCACAUACUUGAACUUUGGCAAUGAUAUCAGCUUUUCCACAGCACAAGUAGAAUGUAUGUACAGUAAACAGGUUUAACAUCUACACUACAGGACCUCAACAUUUCUCAUCUUAAAUUUCAUUCAGUAUGUCACAUUAUUAUUAUUAUUAUUAUUAUUAUUAUUAUUAUUAUUAUUAUUAUUAUUUAUAAAGUUUUCUUUAUUUUUGUAUGGCAUUAUCCUCCAAGGGAAUAAAGUUUUUUGUAAUAUACUUCUUGUAAUUACUGUUUACUUCACUGAUUGCACAGCUUGACUUCAGAAGUGUUUUCUCCGAAUGACGUGCUUAAUUAUUUUUCUUUGAGCGGGGUCAACACCUCUUUAGUUAACAAUUAAGACUUUUCUGAUGUUGUAGAGCCACCUGCUGGUCUAACAUGUGAACCUGUUGUCUGGAGACCUGAAAGAAGUCUCUCUCCUGCCAUCUGUCUGUUCAAGUGUGAAUGUUUGAGCAGCUGAUUUCUCAGCUGAACCACAGGAAGACGAAGACCAUGGCAGUAUGCAUUUUUCUUUAUUUCCCUGCACAGACCCACCAACACAUCCAGCAAACACCACAGGUCGUACAGCUCACAAGAUGACAUGUUAACACCUGCCGUUAUCAAAACAUU